UCUCAUCUUGCCACUGUCAGCUGGGUUUAUUAUCUCUAUGGUAACAGGACGCCUCUUCUUUCCGGUGCUAUUAGAAUCUCGAACAUUCAGAAAUGCGAGAAAUAAGUUGUAUAUUUCCCAGUUUUCUUGAAGCAUUUAAGCAGUAUAUAAACACUAUUGAGGAAUGUAAUAAUAAGAAUGCUAUUAACACUGUACAUUAUUGUAAUAUUUUUAAGGUGUUGAUCACUUGAUGUCUCUGGCUAUUGGAGUGUUUUGUAAUUUUUGUGUAUUUAUUUUUAUUGAUAUUUCUUUUUGUUAAUUUUCUCCUGGUUUGAUUGUUCUGGGCUGAUGUUCCUGUGAGUGUUUGAAUUGUUUAAUGAAAAAGGGAAAAAAGAAUUGAGUUGUAAGCACGGUGGAAGCGAGUUGGAUUAAUGCGGUGUGUCGAUCCUGUUGCGUUUCAGUUGCGUUGUACUGCCACCUAUUGGCCUGGCGGGUAAACACAGGUCCUCUUCGCUAGAAGAAAUGCUAGAAAACGGAACGAACGGUGAAGAAGAAAUGCAAUUGUCUGGAAGACAUUUGAGAAAAUGUGAACGUCUCACAUCUUUCUCCACGGCAACUUACACUGUGAGACUCCGGAUCAGCGGUGCCGCUCUCUCCCCGCACACAUCAUCGCCCCCCCACCCCGGGACACACGCACCCGCCUCGCGCUGUACAUCGUGCGCGUCUAUGAUGGAGCAGCGGACGGACGAGAUGGAGUGCAGGGUUCUGUCGAUCCAGAGUCACGUCGUCCGGGGCUACGUGGGCAAUAAGUCGGCCUCCUUCCCUUUGCAGGUGCUGGGCUUCGAGGUGGACUCCAUCAACUCGGUGCAAUUCUCCAAUCAUACAGGCUAUGCCCACUGGAAGGGUCAGGUCCUGACCGCAGAUGAGCUGCAUGUUCUCUACGAGGGCAUCAAACUCAACAACGUGAAUCACUAUGACUACGUGCUCACAGGGUACACGAGGGACACGUCCUUCCUGGAGAUGGUGGUGGACAUCGUGAAGGAGCUGAAGAGGGAGAACCCCAAACUCGUGUACGUGUGUGACCCGGUGCUGGGGGACCACGGCUCCAUGUACGUGCCGGAGAACCUGUAUCCCGUCUACAAGAACAAGGUGGUCCCAGUGGCCGACAUAAUCACUCCCAAUCAGUUUGAAGCAGAGCUCCUUACAGGGAAAAACAUCAGCACAGAAAAGGAUGCGGUUGAGGUGAUGGACCUCCUGCACAAAAUGGGUCCCGACACUGUGGUCAUCACCAGCUCGGACCUGCCAUCCCGCCUGGGCGACCGUUUCCUGGUGGCGCUGGGAAGUCAGAGGUCAGUGAAACCCGACGGCACCCGGACGACCCAGCGGAUCCGCAUGGAGAUCCCCAAAGUGGACGCCGUGUUCGUGGGGACGGGGGACCUCUUUGCUGCUAUGCUUCUAGCCUGGACUCAUCACCACCCGAACGACCUGAAGACGGCCUGUGAGAAGACGGUCUCCGUCAUGCACCACGUCAUCCAGAGGACCAUUUCCUACGCCUACGAGAUGGCGGGUCCCGGCCGAAGGCCCAGCCCGGCCCAGCUGGAGCUGCGGAUGGUGCAGAGCAAGGCGGACAUCGAGGACCCGGCCAUCGUGGUGGAGGCGACGGUGCUAUAGAGCACCCCCUGCAGGCCGCCGCCUGGCGCACAAUGUAUAGAUGAUAGAUGUUGUACAUUUUGACCUGUAAUGUGACAUUGCCUUAGGAUCUCUUACAGAGCACAACAUUUCCAUGAGCUCAGAUCAGCAGGGUAGCCAACGUAGAGGCCUGGCUGAGGGUGCGGGGCCCAGGAGUGGGGUGGGGUGGGUGGGGGCGGGGUGAGGGGUGCUGCCCCCCCCUCGCCACCUCUGUGUUUACCUCUUCUCUGUUUCUCUCUCUCUCGAUCGUCUCUCUGAGCUCCCGAUUUGUCCUGCACACGCGGCUCCGACAGCCACCCCCUGCCCCCCCAAAACGCGGUCGCAGAGGUUGUGUUUCAGGUUAGAGGCUACGCCCCUCCCUCUGCUGCCCUCCAAUCACGAAGCGCGGCGGAGGCCACGCCCAAUGAGCUAUGGCAGAGAGUAGAUACCGAUGUGGGAGGAGCUAAGGCACCGUGUGCUGUUGGCCUCCUGGCGGAGGGGGUCAGGGGUUGAGUCCGGGAUUCGACUCCUAAGCUUCCAGGCCCGUGUGAUCGCACCCCUCCGGGCCUCGGCAGACCGACGAACCCGAUGUUCCACUGUGGCUGGGUUAUGCCCCCCCCCAACAUCUCCACCUGUCUGUAUGUUUAACGUUUCCAGACAUUUCAGCUUAGAUUAAUUUUAUAACGUUCUUUUUUACCUGUAAUUACUUGUUUGUAUGUAAAAUAUUUGAUACUAUAACACCUGCCUGAUUUUUAAAGUGACAGGACGUCAUUUUAAUUGUCGGAUCACAGAUCAUUUUUUAACGCAAGUGAUACAUAAACAUACUCAUUAACCAUUAUUGAUCACACCUUGUUUCUGUUUUCUCUUUGUUUACUUAUGUCAUAUCAUGGGGGGGUUGGAAAUGGUGUAUUUCGGAGUCCCCCCUCGGUCAAUUAGAGGACCAAUUCUGGCAGAUGGUGACUAAGU